AAAACCACCAGGUUGCAUUUGGAACUUUCUCAGUUUCCUUUUUUUUUCUGUUUGUAUGAAACCUUGCACAUUUUGCAGGACCCCCUGUCGGGAUGGUUGAUGGACAACCCCUUGAAUCCCCUUGACCUCUUUUCGGGGCUAAUGGACAUCCCUCCCGUGUAGCUGGUUCAUGAUGCAAUUUCUUUUCAACUUGUAUUCCAAAACAUAAGGCCAUCGCUCAUCGUUCUUGGGUUUGAGGCCAUCGCUAGCAGGUUGGAGGCCAUCGCUAGUAGGUUGGAGGCCAUCGCUAUUAGGUUCGAGGCCCUCGCUAGUAGGUUGGAGUCCAUCGCUAGUAGGUUAGUAGCUAUCUCUUCCUUACUUAAUCAAGUGUACAGGAUCCGAACACGUCACGUGUCCCGUCGCGUCCUCAGUCGCCACGCUUCCCGUCGCCGCGGUAGCGUCGCAUCUGGAGACUGCCUGCGCGAGGGACGUUCACAUGGCGGCAGUUCCCAUAAAUCAGCUUGCACGGAACAAGGGCGUGAAAUACACGUGCGAGAUCACUGGAAGCCCGGCCACCUUGGUUUGCUCUGAGUGUCCAGUCUACUUUGCCACCUAUGAGCACUUUGAUGUUUGGUGGAAGGGCAUUGGCAACCUCAUCGCACAGGACAUCGUGGUGCUCCGGGCGCCGCCGAAGAUGAUCGGCUCGGAGGAUGAGCGGAAGCGCCGGACCGAGGAGCUGAUGGGCAUCAGGAAGGAACUCUUGGAGCUCUGCACCGAAACCGCCCAGAAGUUCCUGGUGCAGGGCAAGUAUGACCUCGCGGUCCCGGGAGCUUUGCAAAGCUUGAAGUUCGCCAUUGAUGUCUUCGGCGCCGAGGCUUCAGAGCUGGUGCCCUCCUAUUUGCUCUUAGCAGAGGCGAACCUUGGACUUCGACGCUUAAAGAUUGCGGAGGAGUUCCUAUCCUUAGCCAACUGGAACAUCUUGAAGCACCCACAGGCGAGCAGCUCGAUGAUGUCGAACCUGCAGCGGAACUUCGGGCGUCUCUACGCCGCGCAGCAGCGCUACAACGAGGCAUUGCAAGCCUUCGCCACCGAUAUCUACUAUUCCUCCAUGGAGUUUGGACCAGAAAAUAUUCGAUCAGCUCCAUCCUACUUCCACAUGGGCCGCGUCUUUCAGAGCCAUCAAAAGGCGGAACGCGCCGUGGCCUUCUAUACCAAGGUCGUGGAUGUCUAUAGCAAGUUCUUGGAUUCCUGGAUGCGCUCGAGCACGGGUGAGACCUCAGAGAUUACCUCCGUGGAAGUCGAAGAAGCUGUGGAAAUCGUGAAGCACAUUGCAGACUACCAUGAGAAGCGCCUUGAGUCUGAUCCCGGCAACCAGGAUGCCACUAGG